UACGACAUCACCACAUUCUGCACUUCAGCAUUUCUCUGUAGACUUUCCACGGCACUGCUGGGGAGGGCACGCCUCGCUCACAGAGGAAACAAAAGACAGGCUCCACAGAGAACUGUUCUCAUUUGAACUUAAUAUUUGAAUAACAGCAGAGUUAUAUACACAAUGACAGAAGGAAAGGAUCUUGAAACUUGUGAGUCUCUUCAGGACAGCGUAUUUUGGACAGCCUUUCCGACAGAGUAAGCUGGAGGGGAAUAUACUGGAGUGAGUGAAAAGGACCGCAAAAAGCACAAGUGAUACUCUCCAGCUCAGAGUGUGUGCACAAGUGUUUUUAAUGCACUUCAAUGCCUGGGACUGAGGAUCACAAAAGCCAUCAUGACACAAAACAUCUCCACCACGUCUGCCACAACCACCUUCGAGACUCCAAACAGCUCCCUCUUGAACUUCACCACAACCCCAGAAUCCUGUUUGGAUUACGAAGCUCUGCAGAUCCCGCUGGCGGUGCUCUACACUGUCAUCUUCGUCCUGGGUCUAGUUGGGAACCUGGUGGCUCUGUGGGUUUUCUUCUGUGUUCACUCGAAGAAGAACUCAGUGCGGGUGUUCCUCAUGAACAUAGCUUUUGCGGACCUGCUGCUGGUGGUGUGUCUGCCGUUCAGGAUACUCUAUCACAGCCAAGGAAACGAGUGGAAUCUGGCUCCCACUCUGUGUAAAGUUGUGGGCAACCUCUUCUACAUGAACAUGUACAUCAGUGUCACGCUGCUGGGGUUGAUCAGUGUGGAUCGCUACCUGAAGAUCCAUCGAGGUGCCGGGGUGCAGCACAGAUUGAGGUCCACGAGGUGGAGCACCGCCCUCUGCGCUAUCGUCUGGAUUGCGGCCUUCUCUUUGACUUUGGUGCUCCUGAUGUCAAAGAAUCACACAGAGGGGAAGAGGUGUUUCCACUACAAGCCGCUCCACAAUGCAAAGUGGAAAGCCUACAUCAACAUCUUUUUGCUGGUUCUCUUCUGGCUCGUCUUCAUCUCUCUGGUGGUGUCUUAUGGAAAGAUUGCCCUCAAGCUUCUGAGGACAUCACAAGAGAAACCAGACCUGCCCAACGCGUCCCGCUACACACGAACCGCCAAGAAGUCCUUCUUCAUUCUCUUCCUCUUCACCAUUUGUUUUGUCCCCUAUCACAUGGUCAGGGUGUUUUACAUCAAAACCCAGAUUACAGAAACAUCGUGUUUCUCACAGAACGUGGCGGACAAAGCCAACGAGGUGGCUUUGCUGUUCUCAGCUCUCAACAGCUGCCUGGAUCCUGUUAUGUACUUCCUGUUGUCCUCUUCGGUGAGGAAGGAGGUGCUGCGCUUGGUGGGCAAUAUGUUUUGUCUGCGAGAUGUUGGUGGAGUCAGCGGGAGCAGCUCCACGGCGGAGCUAGAUGGUAAGAACAUGAGGACUGACAGAGGACAGACAAACGUCAGCUUUACUAGCCAUUUGAAGGAGAAGACAUUUAUUGAAUCCAGCUAAGAUGAUGGGAGCCAAACUGGCGAGGGAACAGUAGCAGCGGCAAGGAGCGUGAGGUUAACUCAACAUGUACGGCCAUCUGUGCUGUUGCCUGAGUUGUCAAUGGAACUUAUCUUAAUGGAGUAUUCUGAACUAUACAUCUUGUCAUCUACAGUGAACAAAUGUACCUGUUAUAUAUAUAUAAAAAAAGAAUUACCUGCUUACGUUUUCUACAAACCAGUCAAGUUGUGGUAACCGUUUACAUCCAUGUCUGUCCAGACUCAUAUGUAGCCAUGACAGUUGCAAAUGCUUCUAAUAUGGAUGUGGCAGCAAAGAAGCAACAAAUUCUAAAACAUAGAUGCUUCACACACAUCUUCAGCCCGGCAGCACAAAAGAUCUAUUCAUUCAUUGUGGUUUCAGAAUGGACAUUAAAGAUUAGUGUCACCAAUUCAGUAUCUGACCAAAUGUCUCCCCUUCUGUACCUAAAAUAUGACAUUAAAUGAUGGGUAGAAAUGUGUUACUGCAGUGCAUUAUGAUGUCAUAUUGAAGUUGACCUUUUGGAUAUAAAAUGUCAUCACUUUAUCAUUUUUGUCCUAUUAAACAUUUGUGUUAAAUUUUGUCAAAAUCAGCUUAUGAAUUCUUGAGUUAUGGCCAAAAACAUGUUAUGUGGGGCCACAGUGACUUUUGAUCUUCGACCAACAAAUUCUGAUCAGUUCGUUCUUAAGUCCAAGUGGACGUUUGUGCCAAAUUUGAGGAAAUUCCCUCAAGGUCUCUUUGAGAUAUCACGUUCACAAAUGUGAGAUUGACACAAGGUCACAUUGACUUUUGAUAUUCAACCACCAAACUCUAACCAGUUUAUCGCUGAGUCCAAGUGGACAUUUGUGCCAAAUUUAAAGAAAGUCACUCAAGGUGUUCUUGAGAUAUCACAUUCAUGAGAAAGGGGCUAAUGAACAACCAAAAUACAUAAUGGCUCGUGUCGAGGCAUAAAAAAUGGUGGAGCACCGUCAGCCUCAUAGUUUGAUUAUCCUGUCUAGGCUCAGAAAGUGAGCUCGGCUGUGGCUCAGAAGGUAGAGCAGGUCGUCCACUAAUCAGGAGAUUGGUGGUUUGAUCCUCAGUCUGCAUGUCGAAGUGUCCUUGAGCAAGAUACUGAGCCCCACAUUGCUCCCAAUGGCUGUUUCAUCAGUGUGUGAGUGUGUUAAAAAAAGUAGCAGGUGGCACCUUGUGUGUAAAUGUGUGUGUGAAUGGGUGAAUGUGACUUUGAAGACUGGAAAGCCGCUAUACAAGUGCAGGUCUAUUUCCCAUUCACAAAAUUUCUGACAUUAGGUAUAUGAACUUGUAUACUGAUGGUGUCAUUUUACUAAAACCUGCCGUGUUAAUAUUCCCUUUAGUUGAAGCAACAACCCUCUAUAAAGCAACAUGGUGAGAUCAGAGUUGGUGGAUAACUGUUGUGUUGUGUCUCCACCUGUUGUGUACAGGUGGAGACAUUAAAGGGACUGGAUGAAGGCAGAGCUGCAUUUUGUACUGCAGCCGAAUUUACAACACAGUUUCAAUAUGGCCUCAUGUAUUAGUGGCUAUGAAGGCAAGGCUGCAGAACAUUUGGGGCUUUGGUGUACUGUAUAUAUAUUUAUUGGUUAUUUGAUUCCACUGAUCUUGCAGAGACAUACUUUUCAAUCAUGUAUUAAAGCAAAUGUAACAUCUAUUGAUGGGUGUGGAGUUAUCUAACACAACAAGUGUGUAGUGUCUACAAGUAGGGUUGUAGGGCAAUAGCAAUUAAACGUUUGUUCUACCAA